GUUUGCCUACUGGCAAAAUAUGUGAAUAUAAAUAUAAUUUGUGGUCAUAAAUACAAUCAUAACACAUUGAGAUUGACAAGACAAACUACUGCAUAAAACUUAUUAAGCAAUUGACAGAAUAGCAGAAGACAUUAAUCACGUGCUUUCAGAGAAUUAAUUCGAUUGGUCGGAGCAAGAAGUCACAUGCAUCAUUCUGAAUAGUGAAAUUUGUAUGACGGCUAGUGGGGGUGGCUAUUUGAAAAAUAUUAGAAAGUCAUAGAUUGCCUUAAUGUUCAAACACAAAUCAUUAAGAAGAUAAAAUAGACUGUACACAUAUGAGUUCAUACUACAAUAACAUUUUACCAGCACACGUUCCGGUUAACUCCGGACCUACGGAUAUGUUUUACCACCGACCAGAAAAGAGUUUGGACACUGGAAGUUUUCAUUCAUCAUCUUAUAAUAAUAUGUGUUACGAAAACGAAAAUCCGUCCUAUGGAGUAGGAAACUAUCAGUGUUAUCCUUCUAUGUACGACAGACUUCAUGAAACAUCACCGCCAAACCAACCUAUGAACUUAGCUAAAGCACAAAACUUUCAAAGUGGAGGUAGUGGGAACGUGUUUCCAUAUCAGUCAACGAAUACGUUUAACCAUUUAAGUCAUCUACAAAAUUUACAAAAUUUGUCAUAUCCGGAUGAUCGACCUAAUUGUAUAAAAAAUGAGGACAGUUGCAUUCCCACACCUCCACCAAAUUAUCCUAUAUUGGACACACAUGCGGGCGGACACCAACAUCACCAACUCCCAGUCUCGGGACAUCAUGACAUUUCACAUCAUCCACAUUUUAAUUCAAAUUCUGUGCAAAUGAAUGGACUUUCAACUCAAGGGAUGUCUUCUGUUUAUCCAUGGAUGAGGGCAGCCAUGAAUGGAGAUGUAACAUAUGAACAAAAGAGAACGAGACAAACAUAUACGAGACACCAAACAUUAGAGCUAGAGAAAGAAUUUCAUUUCAACAGAUAUCUGACGAGACGGAGGCGAAUAGAAAUUGCACAUAUGCUAGGACUUACAGAAAGACAAAUUAAAAUUUGGUUUCAAAAUAGGAGAAUGAAAUGGAAGAAAGAAAAUAAUAUACCAAAAUUAACUGGACCAGAUAGGUCAAAACCGGAAAAUGACUCUGAAAGAAGAAUUGUUGCAAGUCCCAGUUCAGAUGAAGCUAGUUUUUCAAGUUGAUAUGCAUAAAUCCUCGCUUGUGUUAUAACUCAGGGUAAAACUGAAUUUGUUCUACAAGAAAACUGUACAAUUUGCUCAGAUUCGAAGUGUGAAUAUUUGAGGACAGACUUUUCCGAGUGCUGAGGCAAUGUUGGUAAAAACAUGGCGUUUGAUAUUAUUGUGAUUAAGUAUUUAGUAAUUACGAAUUUAAAUCCAGAAUGUCGUGUUUUAUAUAUUUAAGCAUAAUUUAUUGUGAAAUAUCUGAAGGAAGAAAUAAUAAAAAUGUUAAUAGUUUA